UCAGCCUCGUAACAAAUCUCACCUAUGUCGAGUCGAGCGCGAGAGACAGAAGCGUAAGCUUGUCCGCGAUCGUUUGUCCGCGUUCGACAGGUCUUUCAAAUAGCGUGCGUGUAAUCGGUGGACGGUAGAACGUAGGGAUAUAAAUUGUAUUCGUAUAACCAGUUCCGAAAUAAAAGUUUGUUGGAAGGCCUAGGAAGCGAAAGGAUUGCGGAGGGGACUGCAGUUAAUACGGGGCUUGUGUGUGGGCAUAUAAUAGCCGAUCGGGCAUACUGGUGACACGGCUGCGGAUUUUUCCUUCGGCAAGAAGGAAGGAACAUACGAAGCUCGCAAAGUGCAUGUGCUUGUGUGCGUGUCACUAUAGAAGAGUUCAGAGCCGCUUCGGCGGCGCUCCCAAAUCUAACUGCAGAAUUGAGUCUGUGGUAGUGAGGCCGCGGUACUAUCGGGCCACGAUUGAGUACGAUCACGAUCGCACGCGGCAGGGCCGUUUGUAAUGGAGGAGGUUUCCGAGUGUAUUCCCGUGCGACAGAACAGUCACGGCGAUGCACGCCGUAUUGACUGAGACGCGAUAUUUAUCGUUGACUAUUCCCCCCGGCCGGCCGGGCAAGAGAGGCAGGUCGAAAUUGGUAUGGAAUCGUCCAGGGUCCUCAACACGACGAACACUCGCUCCCGUCUGUGAUAACCACUAGCCGCUUAGAAAGAGAUAGAAGAAGAGAGAAAAAGGAAAGAAAGAGAGAUAGAAAGCUGUUGUGUAUUUUGCGCGUGUGUGUUCUCCUCGUCUGCCCUCUUCAUUACAUCUUUAAGUGUAAACAUUUCUCGAAAUCCGUUUCGAGGUUAGGAUAGCAUGGGGAUUGAUCCCCUGAAGGCAUCGACCGACGAACCGUGACACCUGCGACUCGCGUCGUGUACGCGGUGUGUGCUUUUGUGUGUGCGUGCGUGUGUGUAUUCCUCCUUAGGAAACCGCUGGGAGUUAUUAUUUUCCAUCGGCGGCCAUCCAACGGGACGACCAAAGAAGAAAAUAUGUCAAGAAUGGGGAUCGAUCCCCGACGAUUAAACGCCGUGCAUCGUUUACAUCAUUAAUUCGACUAAUACAAGACUAACAUCGGCAACGUUUUUUUUUUUACCGUACAAUCGACCUUUUCUGUCACGUUUAAACAGACUGUCGCGGAUUACUCUGCCACGACAGAGGACACUCGCACCAUGCAGAAAAGAGACGGUAGAGACACACAGCUACAGCUCGCGCGUAGCUCUGAACGCGAACAGGAAACGACCAAGAGGAUCUCUCGUGGUAGCGGUAAUGCUACCAGAUUCAACGCGUAUUCCUCAAGGUAUAGUGUUACCUCCUCCUCUAAUGUACUCAUGGUCGGUCCCAAUUUCCGCGUCGGCAAGAAAAUUGGAUCUGGCAACUUUGGAGAACUUCGACUCGGGAAGAACCUCUACAAUAACGAGCACGUAGCGAUUAAAUUGGAACCAAUGAGGUCAAAGGCGCCGCAGCUACAUUUAGAAUAUAGGUUUUACAAAUUAUUAGGUACACAUGAGGGUAUACCAGAAGUAUACUACUUCGGUCCUUGUGGGAAGUACAACGCUCUGGUGAUGGAACUUCUCGGACCGAGUCUAGAGGACCUAUUCGACCUCUGCGGUAGGAGGUUUACCCUAAAGACCGUUCUCAAAAUCGCCACACAGAUCCUUCAUAGGAUAGAAUACGUUCAUAGUCGGCAUUUGAUCUACCGUGAUAUCAAACCGGAAAACUUCCUGAUAGGACGAUGCACAACUAAACGAGAAAAGAUUAUCCACAUCAUCGAUUUCGGACUGGCCAAAGAGUACAUAGACCUGGAGACGAACAAACACAUACCGUACCGGGAACACAAGAGUCUGACGGGCACAGCGCGUUAUAUGAGCAUCAACACGCAUCUUGGAAAAGAGCAGAGUAGAAGAGACGACCUAGAAGCGUUAGGGAACAUGCUGAUGUACUUCUUGCGCGGUAGCCUUCCGUGGCAAGGGCUAAAAGCAGACACGUUGAAAGAACGAUAUCAAAAGAUCGGCGAUACGAAGCGGAACACGCCGAUCGAGGUUCUCUGCGAUGGACAUCCCGAGGAAAUGGCUACGUACUUGCGGUAUGUGCGUAGAUUGGAUUUCUUCGAGACGCCCGACUACGAGUACCUGAGGAACCUUUUCCACGAUCUGUACGAGAAACGAGGUUUUGUCGACGACGGAGAAUUCGACUGGACUGGCAAGACGAUGCCACACAACUUCGAUCAACUUAGAGCUCUGAGGACGGCUCCUCCCUCUCACGUUGGAAAGACUAAAUCUGAUAAGUCUACACCUGUUGGGUCCCUGCAGACUGGACAAGAGAUUAUUGUAUCUCCGAAUCGUGAUCGGCACCCGUACAAGGACGUGACAGAGCCAGGGGUGGGAGGCGGGGGCGGUAAAUGGGUGGGAACCUCGAGGACAGAUACUGCGAAGCAAUCAGGAGCUGGUGGUACAUUGACACCUGCUGAUAGGCACGGUUCUGUACAGGUGGUGUCCUCGACGAAUGGAGAACUAGCCAAUGAUGAUCCUACUGCAGGACAUUCUAAUACGCCAAUCACAGCACCUCAAGAAGUGGACAUGGUCGACGAAACCAAUGUUUGGUUUAUUUGCAGAUGCUGUUGUUUCUUCAAGCGGAAGAAGAAGAAAAGUGGAAGACAAAAGUGACUGUCUGUUAUCGUCAGUCUUGGGGGGGACAAUACAGUGCGCGUGUAACAGAAGUGCAGAUGAAGUUUUUUUGGGAAACGUGUUGCGGCAGUGCGCGAAGAAAUCCGUGGACAAGAAAAAGCUGCAGUUGAUCCGGAAUGGGGGAGGCCGUUACCUUGCUACGUGCCGGAAGUCGACCCGCUUCGCAAGAUUCGGUGCUGCACACCAUCGUCACGAUGUCAUGCCGCCGUCGUUAUCAAAUUAAAACCACCACACAGCCAUCAUUAUUACUGCUAUUAUUAUUGCUAUUAUUAUCGUUAUUAUUACCACGAUUAACUUUGCUCUUCUUCUUUUCGU